CGAAAAACAAAAAGAAACAAACUCGCUUUUCCUCCCGUCACCAGCCUCUUUUUUCUGUCUGUAAUUUUCUAGGGGUUUCAACUCUUCAAAAGGGGGUAUUGAUUUUGCGGAGAAAAUAACCUCUUUUAUAGAAAUUGCAUGGCAAUAAGCUUGUUAUCACAUGAGGUAUCAGACCUCUGUCUUGGUAAACCAGCUUUGAGAUCAUUAUCAAUUUCUGCUUCAAUUAGUGAUGCUUUAUCUGUAUUGAAAUUCACCGGUGAAAAUUAUAUUAGCAUAUGGAGUUGUGAUCAUUCUGACCUAUUAAAAAUUGGUAAUAGUUGCGGAGAAGAAGAAAAAUGUAGAUGUAUUGGGAAAAUUUGUAUGGUUAACAUUGUUUGUUAUCUAUGUAAAGAAGAGAAUGUGUCAAAUCCUUGUCUUGCAUUAAAAUCUCCUGUUUCUGUUCUUCUUCCUGAGGAUGUUUCUCCUGGAGUUAUUAGGCAUGUGGAGCCACAUUCAAGUUUGCUAGAAGUGAUUGAUCUCAUCAUAGAAGGUGGUGCACAGAACUUGAUUGUACCCUUAAAAACCAGCUCAAGGAAAAAGCUUCUUUCAAAAUCUUCGUUUGGGCCAACUCACCACAGUGGUCAUGAAUUUUGUUGGUUAACACAAGAAGAUGUCAUUCGGUAUCUUCUCAACUUAAUUGGUCUAUUCUCUCCGACCCCAUUUUACUCAAUUGAGUCGCUCGAUAUUAUUGAUCCUGAAAUUCUAGCUGUUGGUUACCAUGACCCUGCUUCUUCUGCUGUCACUGCUAUUUCUAAUGCCUUAGCUCAACAAACCUCGGUUGCAGUAGUAGAUGAAUUAGGAAAAUUGUUAGGGGAAAUUUCACCAUUAACACUUUCUAAUAGUGAAGAAACUGUUGCAGCUGCAAUUACAACACUCUCAGCUGGUGAGUUAAUGUCUUACAUAGAUUGUGGUGGCCCACCCAGUCAUUUGAUCAAAAAGGUUAAAACAAGAUUGGAGGAAAGAAAUUUACAAGGGAUGUUGGAUUUGAUACAAGAAUUGAGUAUGUCAAAAUCUUCCUCAUCAUCGUCGCAAGCAUUUUCUUCCUUUUGGUCCUCUUCCUCUUCGUCUUCCUCUUCUUCAGAUGACGAAUGCGCUUCUACUUUACUGAGAAGUUGUAGUGAUAAUACACCAACAAGAUCAAAUAGUAUGAGCAGUAGAUGUAGCAGAUCAAGUUGUUAUUCAGCAAGGUUAGUAAGAAGAUCAGAAGCAAUUGUCUGUAAUCGUAGAAGUUCAUUAGUUGCUGUCAUGAUUCAAGCUUUAGCUCAUAGAGUUAAUUAUGUCUGGGUCAUCGAAGAUGAUUAUACGUUGGUUGGUAUUGUUACUUUCUCAGAGAUGUUAAAAAUCUUUUGGGAACAUUUAAAUUCAAUUUAGUUACUAUUCCUUAAAUUCUUCCUAAAACAAAUAUGAAAAGUGUGUAGAGCAUAAUGGUUUGUGAACUCAAAAUUCUAUAUUAAAAUAGGAUUUCCGGGAGUGUUCUUGUAGAGAUGAUUUUGUAAUGAGUUUAUCUUUGUUUAUGCUGUGACCUGCUACUACUCUUGUCUGUUGUCUUUGGAUUCUGAAAUUUGUUUUCUAUUUCUUUUGUGAAGAAAAAGUUCUGUUUUA